AGCGGCUUACUUUCCUAGUGCCAUCCAAGAUGGCGGACCGGGUUCUUCUUGAAGUUAUAAACACAAAGCACAAAAAGACUGGUGGAACUUUGCGUCUGAUGUCUAACAAUUUGAUUUGGGUUCCCUACGGGUCGGAUAAUCCCAAGCUGUCGUGUGCAUAUUCCGAAAUCAAAGUUCAACGGAUAAGUCCUGAAGGAAGCUCUAAAGUACAAAUACAGCUUGUUCUUCAUGAUGGAAACAAUUUCACUUUCCAGUUUACCAAUGACUCACCUGUGAAUGCUAAAAAGGAAAGAGAUGAAAUAAAAGAGCUUUUGGCACAGCUUAUCCCAGCUCACAGGAAAAAAGCAAAUAAAGAGCUUGAAGAAAAGAACAGAGUGCUGAAAGACAAUCCUGAGUUGUAUCAACUCUAUAAAGAUCUAGUUGUCAGUGGAGUCAUCACAGCUGAAGAGUUCUGGGCUAACAGAACUAAGACCCAGGACACCCAGGCUGUACAGUCAGAGCAGGCUGUGGGAUUGUCAUCAGCGUUACUUGCUGAUAUGCAGCCAGAAAGUUCUGGCUGUAAUGAAGUCAAGUACAAUUUGAAUGUUGACACCAUUGAGGCAAUAUUUAAGACUUAUCCUGCAGUGAAAAGAAAGCACCAAGAGGUUGUUCCACAUGAGAUGCCAGAGAAGGAUUUUUGGACAAAGUUCUUCCAGUCGCAUUAUUUCCACAGAGACAGGGUCAACUCCAGAGCAACGCCAGGUGACAUGUUUACUGAAUGCGCAAAGGAGGAUGAACAUGAGCAAUUGUCCAAGAAACUUUCAGCUUUUAAAGAUCCCUUACUGGAUCUUACUGGAGACUCGCCGGUUCCAGAUGAGGGUUACGGGCUGACUGCAGAACCUACAGACCCCAAGAACAAUGCAACAAGCCAGUCUUUGUUUAGAAGACUCAACCACCAUGGCCUUAUGGUGCUACAAACCACAGCUGCCGGGUCCAGCACAACAGCAGAAAAGGAGAAAAACGGAAAAAACGGUGAUUCGAAGGAAGCAGCUCCCCCUGCGAAAAAGAGUCGUCUCCGCGAGAUGGUGGAAUAUGAUGACUUGGCUGAACUACAAGCCAGAGAACUACCCAGCUUAAAAAUCGCUGAUUCGUCAAAAUUUUCCCAAGGUCUAAUACCUGCAGUCCCCAAGGAAAGGGGAUCGCUUCACUCCAAACGAAGCAAAACAGACGUUUCGUUAGCUGUGCAGUGCAACCAAAGAGAGGUAGAGCAUUGGCAGCCCGACCUACCGGGGGCCCUUUCCAGUGACAUGGCCUGUCACGUGCUUACAGAAAUGUCCCCUGGAGGAUCAUUGAUGACGACAACUUCUGAAACGAGCAUGCAACAUUUAGUCUCCUCUUCACUGCAAUCAGAAGUCAAGCUUCAGUACAGUUCACUUGCAGAGCUACUGAGACAUUUUUGGUCAUGUUUUCCUGUCAAGACACAAUUCUUAGAAGAAAAGAUGGUAAGACUUGGUCAAAGCCUUGAAAGAUACAAGGACGUUAAGUUGCAGCAAUUUCGCAGUCAACUAUCAAUGGAGGAUUCUCACUUGGCGAACCACUUGGUAGAGAUGCUGGACACGGCGCUCACAAAAUACAGAACAUGGUUAGAAAAGAAAUCUGCCACAAGAAUCUCCAGCUGACAUUGAAUCGACAACAUUCAAAGGAAUUAAUUUUGUAACUUAUGAUAGGUUCGAGGGGUAAUGGACGGAAGAAAAGACCUGCAUGCAUUGAUGUUUAAACCAAGGGUAAAAUUGUACUUUUGUCAAGAGCGUUAGCAGCGUUGGUUUUUUUCCUGGAUUGCAGUUCGAGUAGGGCGUUUCUCGGUGGAAAAUAAAAAUCGUUUUGUUAAUAUUUGGACAUGUGCAGUCUGCAAUCUUUAAUUCAGGUUUUACGAAGUUCAACGUUGGCAAAACGUAGGAGGUGAUCGGCCAACUCGGGCAUUGAGAAAACUUACCUCAAAAGAGUUUUUUUGACAUGUAGUUGACCCUCACAUUCCAGGAUUUGAAUUGCGUCGAUUGUUUGUAGAGAUGUAAACAUAUGAUGUUCUCUCGUUUAUAGCCAUAGUGAAUAGAAAAGAAAAUUAAGUAAUGGUUCCUAAGCUUUUGGGAAAACUUUUGUACUAUGCCACUAUUUGUAAUCUGGAAUAUUUUUGUCUGUUAAACAUCUAUUAAAAACCUUAUUGUGAA